UAUUUUUAUUUUUACUAUCUGCACUUUUAACAUGCUUAAUAAACCUAACGUUUUGAAAUUUAUGUAUCAGAAGCUAAAUUAUACAAAGGAAAUAUGUAGCCUUUGACAAGGCAACAGAACAGAUUACAGAUCUCUUAAAAUAGAAUAUGUCUCAUGGCAGACAAGAAAUUACAGAAAUAUUAAAUGUCUUAUAAAAAAUAUAGCUAUGACAGAAGGUUCCACUAUUAUUUCUUCAGACAAGAUUACGAACACGUUAGAGAUGUUCAUAUACCAACAGGACCAGAAUGGUCAAGUAAAAACAGAGACAGAUGAAGUGUUUCAUAAUGGUCAAGUAAAAACAGAGACAGAUGAAGUGUUUCAUAAUGGUCAAGUAAAAACAGAGAAAGAUGAAGUGUGUUGUAGUGGAAAUGUAAAGGGAUCAAUUAGUAUAUCUUCUGACCAGAUUGCAGACAGGUUAGAGACGUACAACAGUAGAGACGGAAGUACAGAAACAGUUAUUUCUCUUGAUUCUAGUUCUCAUACAGGUAAUUCAGGCAGUUUGCACAAUCAGACUAUACCAAAUUCCAGUGAAAAACCUUUUGAAUGUGGGGUCUGUGGUAAAGGGUAUAUUAGUAGUUAUUACUUGACUGGACACAUGCUUAAACAUACAGGUGAUAGACCCUUUCCAUGUGAGGUGUGUGGUAAAGGGUUUCGUAUGAGUAGAGACUUAAAGAGACACAAGGUAAUACACACGGGUGAAAAACCGUAUAAGUGUGAUAUAUGUGGUAAAGGGUUUAGUGAUAAAGGAUAUGUAUUUCAUCAUAGGAGAUCAGUUCAUGGUGGAAUCACCUAUAAAUGUGAUAUGUGUAGUCAAGAGCUGUGUAGUAAAUCUAGCCUACAACGUCACUUAUUAACACAUACAAGUGAUAAACCUCACGAGUGUGAUGUGUGUGGUACAUGUUUCAGUCAGAAACUGGGAUUACAGAGACACAUGCGAGUUCACGUUGGUGAUAAAAUUCAUAAGUGUAAUGUCUGUGGGAAACGCUUUAGUUAUGGCCAGGGUUUGAGAAGACACACGAAGAUACACACUGGCGAAAAACCCUUUUCCUGUGAUGUAUGUGGAAAAGGAUUUAUUCAAGCUAUUCAAUUACAAAAUCACAAGAGAAAAAACGCAGCCGAAAUCGUUGAUGAUAAAAUUCACAAGUGUAAUGUCUGUGGGAAACGCUUUAGUUAUGGCCAGGGUUUGAGAAGACAUCUGAAGAUUCACACUGGCGAAAAACCCUUUUCCUGUGAUCUAUGUGGAAAAGGAUUUAUUCAAGCUAUUCAAUUACAAAAUCACAAGAGAAAGCACGCAGUCAAAAUCGUUGAUGAUAAAAUUCACAAGUGUAAUGUCUGUGGGAAACGCUUUAGUUAUGCCCAGGGUUUGAGAAUACACAUGAAGAUACACACUGGCGAAAAACCCUUUUCCUGUGAUGUAUGUGGAAAAGGAUUUAUUCAAGCUAUUCAAUUACAAAAUCACAAGAGAAAGCACGCAGCCAAAAUCGUUGAUGAUAAAAUUUACAAGUGUAAUGUUUGCGGGAAACAUUUUAGUUAUGCCCCGGGUUUGAGAAGACACAUGAAGAUACACACUGGCGAAAAACCCUUUUCCUGUGAUGUAUGUGGUAAAGGAUUUAUUCAAGCUAUUCAACUAAAAAAUCACAAGAAAAAGCACCAAGAAGAUAACAGUAAUGAACAAAUUUCUGUAAUGACUGUGGAAAAAAGUUAAUUCUACGUUUUAUCUUAUAAAUUCACAAAUUGGAACAUACCUUGAAGAUUUUCCUCACUGUAUUGUUGUUGUAAAGGGUUUAUGUAUCUAAUAAACAUUUAAAAGCACACAAGGGUAAUAAACUAAUACACCAUUUA